GGUAACCCAACAGCCUCUGAUACUCGGAGAGUUCCGGAAAGUCACAAUGCAGCUUAUUUCCGGGAAUCAAAGGGGUUUGGAAAAUAAACGACGGAAAUAAUGCGAACGAUCGCGAGUCGGCAAUGCUCCUGUGGUUUGGAUGAUCUUGGUUCAAGCCAACCGGAAAGUUUAGGGGCUGAGCUGCUGAGUCAUCAGGUGCAAGACAAAAACAUCACCGACAUUGCAAUUGUCAGGCUUCCCACAAAUAGAUUCAAGCGGGUUGGCAGAUAGCUAGAGCAUUGCUUCCCACUUACUCUAGCCGUCGGUCUAUCCAAAAGUUAUGAUCUGACUGGCGGGGGCAUCUGUCCUGGCUAAUUUGGCAUAGUGUGCGGUUCCGUCGCCGAUAUUUAGCCAGCGAUCAAUCAGCUCGGCCAAGGCAACAGAUAGAUACGUUGACUGGCGUAUGUAUAGACUGCAAACCUCCUCAGGCGAUGCUGGCAAAUUGCUUGAUGCCGUUUCUACCUCCCGCGCCCGGGAAAACCACCGAUGAACAUGGUCCAGGUACAAGUGAAGUUAGGGAACGAUAUGCAAAAAAGGGGCCCAAGUCCUCACUGCAUCGGAAACUUAAAACACGAAAAAAAUUGAAGACUUUCUUUGAAGCUCUUCUCUUCUCUUUGUUUUUUCUUUCCGUUUCUUUCAUUUUCUUUCUUCUCUUGUGAAUAUUCAAUUGAGAAUUUCCACCCAGGUUGGCGGUAUGGAGAUAUGGUGGUCCAGGCUUGCGCGGUAAAGGAAUAUAUCCCAAGGCGGUGCAAUGGCUGACAAUUGAUUACACAGAAACUCGUGGCUUUGAUGACCAUGUAUCUUGUAACUUCUGACAGUUACUAGGAUUUCCUUUUCAUUUCCAAAUCGGUCUACCUAUAGGAUUCCCUGCUAUUCUUGGGGAUGGUUGGUCUUACCAGCCAAGUCUAAUGUUGCGAAAUGUAUAGCUCGAUACUGCCAGCUUCUUUUCAUCAAUUAUCUGUCUUCCUCUCGUGCAUUCCAAAUGGUUCUCACAUCGGGUUCUGAGAACAUCUCAUUCUCGUUUUUCCUUUCCUUUUUCUUUUUUUUCUUUGGUCCCUGGCAUGGUGAUCUUGAAGCGCUGCUCGGGUAUUGCAGAGCACAAGCAGGAGAGACAUAUCCCGUACUACAUCUCAACCUGCUUGAUCCUUUAAAACAGUCUACAAUUGCCUGUGUCCUUAUUAUUCCCUAGAACAUUGUUCUUCACCUUUCUUUGAGUGGACCUCUCGGGCUUUUUUUCUGUUGGCUUUCUUCCUUGUUCUUGUCCCCACUCCUCUCCCCUUUUUCAUGGUAUUUAAGUUUUAAGACCUUUCCUUCUCCCUCCCACUAACUCCAACUUCACUAAUCACUGAUCUCUUCAACCUUGGGCUCAAUAUGGCAAAUUUCGGAGCACAAACUAGUCGAUAUAAUCGAUUAGUGAUAGUGUUCGUUUCUCUAGGGUCCUUCACAUAUGGCUACUGUGCGUCUGUCAUAGGCAGCACUAUCGGUCAACCUGGCUGGUACGAUUUUUUCAAGCUCCCAUUGCAGGGCCAGCCUGGUUAUACCACGGUCACGACCAAUGCGAUUGCUACUGCGAACGGAGUCUUUAGCGCUGGAGGCGCUGUUGGGUCUCUGUUUAUGAUGUGGUCUUGCGAAGCCGUAGGUCGCAAAGCGAAUAUCCAACUUGGGUCGUUCUUAGCUGUACUAGGUGGUGCUCUACAGGGAGCAGCGGUUAACUUGAAGUAUGGCUGACUAUUUGGCAGCGGUGACAGCUCAAAGCUAACUUUAGAGGUAGGAUGUUUCAAGCCGGUCGAUUUGUCUCUGGUACUGCAAUUGGAAUUCUCGUCACCGUCUGUCCAAUGUAUCUCGCAGAGAUGUCGAGCCCCUUUGUACGUGGCUGGUUGGUGGGACACCAUCCAAUAUUCUUGGUCUUCGGCUACAUGCUCUCCAGCUGGGUUGGUUAUGGGUGUUACUUUGCAACAGCAAAAAGCCCCACUUUCGCCUGGCGGUUCCCUCUGUGUUUGCAGACUCUAAGCCCCCUAGUUUUGCUGAUAGGGUCCCCUUGGCUUCCAAGAUCGCCCAGGUGGCUAAUAUCAAAAGGGAAACUUGAUGAAGCCUGGGAGGUCAUUCGACGACUACGGCAGUCAAAAGAAGAUCCAGACAACUUAGUGGCGAAGGAGGAAUUUAUCCAGACCAAAGAACAGCUCAAACUUGAAGCCGAAAAGCUUGCUACAACAGGCCAUGGUGUGUGGACUGCCGUGUUCAAGAAAAAGUCUUACAGAAAGCGGAUGACCAUCGGGUUUUUGACGCAGUGGGGUGCAGAGUUUGGCGGCCCCCUCAUUAUUAAUAACUAUGCAGUACUGCUGUAUCAAAACUUAGGCAUGACCGGCCAUAUGCCGCUUCUCCUUAGCGCACUAUGGUUAACCACCGCAGGCCUUAUUUAUAACCCUGGCGGAGCAUGGUUGCAUGAUAAAGUAAACUCUCGAAGAGGCAUGUUUCUUGUUGGUUUCAUCGGGAUCGUCGUGACGACAUCAUGCUUAGCAGCCAUGACCGCCAAGUAUGCCGGCACACUCAAUCGAGUUGGCAAUGGUUUGGGGAUUUUCUUCAUCUUUUUGUAUCUCGCGUUCCAAGGUACCUUCUGUGACACUACCAUGUACCUAUACGUGUCUGAAAUCUUUCCCACGGAGAUUCGUCCAAUUGGGAUGGGCUUUUCCCUCUUCGGCCAGUUCGCAUCGACGAUCAUUCUUCUCCAAACCGCUCCAAUAGGAUUUGCCAACGUAGGCUGGAAGUACUAUCUCGUUAUUAUUUGCUGGUCUGCAUUCUUCAUCCCGGUUAUCUACUUCUUCUUCCCCGAAACCGCCCGUCUGACGUUGGAAGAAAUCGCCAAAAACUUUGGAGAGGAAGUUGCGAUAGUCACUCCACAUGCAGCAGACGAAGAGAGAAGAGCGCUCGACCACAAACUUCAGAGUUCUGGUGUGACAAGAUCGACGACUGCAACCUCUCAGUCGGAUUCGGAUGCUACAGAAGCUGCUGAACAGCGACGUGACACAAUGUGAUACAGGUGGUUUCCCUGCAUUAUCCUGUUUGGCCCCUUCUUAUAUUUCUCAAUCAACCAAUUUUUCUUUUUUUGUUUCCCCUAUGGCACUAAUGGUGGUUGGCUGGCUGCCGUGGCUUGAUACAUAGUUGCUAAAUGCUGCCGCCUCCCUUGUGCCGCCCCCGUUGCGCCUGUUGUUGCAGUUGUUUUUGGUGAGUGUGAAGGUAGUGGUGAUAGCAGGGGGUGUCGUUGAUGUUGUAGCCUAUCCUGUUCUAAUUAGUAUGUCUAUUUAUCCAUUGGAAGGUAAAGCGAAUGGCUAUAAUCUACAUUGGCUGGUGUUUGUUUUGUGAUAAGACUUACCAAACUUUACACGCAUAUUUUAGACCGAAUCAUAUUCUAGAACACGCGACUGACAACAUAUGCAGAAUGACGCAUGUUCGAAUCCCAUGAUCUUGCAUUCUCGGGUCGUUAUCACCACGCGCGGUGGUCUAUGCUAGGAGGCUCAUGUCUAUAUCCUGUACAUGGCAAAUGUUGCAUUUAUCCAGAUAGAGAUUAUAAGAUUCAGAUAUCUAUAAAUGGAAGAAACGAGUUUCGUCCUGUAUGGGGCUUCGUCGCAAUAUUAGUUAUAUCUAGGCUUUAGUGAGGAACCAACACGACGUGUGCAAGCACCCGCUGACUAUGUGUGUUCUCCUAUUUACUUUUCCCAAACACUAUGCAAUGGCAGUCUGAAUCAACUCUUGUGAGAUCUGGACUGGACUUUGCUGUACACGUUGGUACUCUGUCCUCCGUAUAUCGUCCUGAUAUACAUCAAACCAAGCAGAACAAGAUGUAGUGAUUUGUUUGUACUAUACCUAGGGUAUGACCGACUUUAUACCAAAACUCCUUUACUUAUCCUCACGUAUGCAGUUGAGUUUACAUUGCAGGAUAUAUUAUCUGUACCUAAGUACAGUUCAUAUACAGUUAGACAUAUGUGCUCCCCAGAUAUGCAGCCCCUGGAUCCCCUGAAAAGUAAUGCAAUUGUUUAUUUGUUAUUUCUUAUUUCUUAUUUUGUUUUUAAGUCUUUUCUUUUCUUUUCUUUUCUUAUCUCUUUUUCCCUUUCCUUGUUGUACAUGUACAUAGGACAGUACGGAGUAAUAAGGGUUUCCGUCCGUGGCCAGCUAGGAAUGUUGACAGGAUGGAGGAUUGCACAGCAUAUCUGAACGUUGAGACACGGGAGAUGCGUGGGUGCGUUUGCCCAUUUAGAGGAGCGAACUGUGCCGUUCAAGGCUGGUGUUGGUUUUGUGCAUUUUCCUAUCACCUACGCACUGUUUUCAUAUCCUAGAUCGCGGAAAGCUAUAUUGUUGCAUAAUGGUGUAUGUAGAUAAAUGCCAACAGUCAUCCCUAUCUGAGAUUUUGUUCGCAUACAGAACAUCACAUCGGC